GCCCCCAGCGAGCCCCGGAGCCCCGGGCAUGGCGGAGGGCGGCCCGCGGCGGCUGCGGCCGUGGCUGCUGGCGCAGCUGCAGAGCGGCCGCUACCCGGGGCUGCAGUGGGACGACGCGGCCCGGACGGCGCUGAGGAUCCCCUGGGCCCACGGCGGCCGCAGCGGGGCCCGCGACGGACCGGGAACGGCGCUGUGCCGGGCCUGGGCGGAGUACAAGGGGCGGCUGCGGCCCGGGGACCCCCCGGACCCCGCGGGGUGGAAGACGCGGCUGCGCUGCGCCCUGGCCCGCAGCCCCGAGUUCCAGGCGCUGCCGGGCCGCGGCCGCUCCGACGGGCCCUGCCCCUACCGCGUGUACCGGGUGCUGCCCGCCCGCGAGCCCAAACCCCCCAAGGGGCGGCAGAGCCAGCGGGAGGAGGGGCUGAGCCCCACGGAGCCCCUCCCACCGACCCCGCCCCCCGAGAGCCAGGAGGGAGCCCCGGAGGAGGACGAGAAGCCCGCCGAGGCUCCGCCCCCGGAAGCGCCGCUGCGGAUCGAGGUGGAGAGCGCCGAGCCCCUCCCCCCGGCGUGCGGGGACGCGGCGCUGCUGCUGCGGCUGCGCCGGGGCCCGUUCGUGGCCUGGCAGGGGGCGCUGCCCGCGGGGGAUUACCUGCUGAGUCCUCCCGGCCGCCAGGGGGCGCUGCCCGAUCCUCCGGGCCGCCGGGGGGCGCUGCCCGCGGGGCAGGACCUGCUGAGUCCUCCGGGCCGCCAGGGGGCGCUGCCCGAUCCUCCCGGCCGCCAGGGGGCGCUGUCACCGCCGCCGCCAUUGCCGCGGCUGCGGCUGCCGCGGGGGUCGGGCCCGGAGCUGCUGCUCAGCAGCGCCCCCCGCGGCCUCUUCCUGCGCCUCCGCCCCGGCCCCGGGCCCGGCCCCGGUGCCCUCCGCGCCCCCCACGCCCCGCACGGGCCGCUCUGCCACGGGGAGCUGCUGCAGCCCUUCGAAGCUCUCCGCUUCCGGGAGGAGCUGGAGCGGCACCGGGCCGGGCUCGGGCCCCGCCCCCCGCACCGGGUGACGCUGGAGCUGCGGGACCCGGGGGAGAGCCCCGGCGGGGAGGGGCUGCUGCUGGAGAUGGAACAAGCCUUCGCCCAGCGGCUCCUGGACACCCUCGGGACCCCCGGGGACCCCCAAAACCUCCCCGGGCCCCCCAAAACCCCCCCGGGGCAAUAAAAGCUGAAAUGGGGGGGCAGCCCUGCCCCUCCCCCACC